GUGUGAGUAAAAUGUUGAAUCACUCAAAGGAUGUAGAUUAGAAAGAGAAAGGAAAAAAAGCACUUCGUGGGAGGGGCAGAGCUUUAUAAAACCAGACAUCACCAUACCUGAACUCUAACAACUCCCAGAGCAGCGGUUCCUGUCAGACAGCACCUCAGAGAACAGCAAGAUUGAAACAAUGCAGGACCUUCAUGUGGCGAACGCCAUCUUUGCUCUCAAUUUCUUCAAGCAUCUGGCGAACACAAGCCCCACCCAGAAUCUUUUCUUCUGCCCCUGGAGCAUCUCGUCUACUAUGGCCAUGGUCUACCUGGGUGCCAGGGGCAACACUGCAGACCAGAUGGCACAGGUGCUUCAGUUUAACAAAGUUGGAGGUCACAAAAUCAUCCCAGUGACCCCACGGAAGUUCACCAGCUGUGAAAUCAGGCAGUGGAUCCAGAAAGCUACUUAUCCUGAUGCUAUUUUGCAGGCACAAGCUGGAAAUACAAUCCAUUCAUCCUUCCAGUCUCUCAUCUCUGCAAUUAAUUCAUCCUCCGGGGGUUACUUAUUGGAAAGUAUCAAUCAGCUGUUUGGAGAGAAGUCCACAAGAUUCAAUGAAGAAUACGUGAAACUCUGUAAGAAAUAUUACUCUACAGAAGCUCAGGCAGUAGACUUCCUAGAACAUGCAGAAGAAGCCAGAAAAAAGAUUAAUUCCUGGGUCAAGACUCAAACCAAAGGCAAAAUCCCAAACCUGCUACCAGAAGGUUCUGUGGACAGGGAGACCAAGAUGGUCCUGGUGAAUGCUGUUUACUUCAAAGGAAAGUGGAAAACUCCAUUUCAGAAGAAACUAAACGGGCUUUAUCCUUUCCGUGUGAAUGCGACUGAGCGCAAACCUGUACAGAUGAUGUACUUGCACGAAAGGCUGAACAUUGGGUACAUAGAAGACCUAAAGGCUCAGAUUCUAGAACUCCCAUAUGCUGGAGAUGUCAGCAUGUUCCUGUUGCUUCCGGAUGGAGUUGCCGAUGUGUCCACCGGCUUGGAGUUGCUGGAAGGUGAGAUAACCUAUGACAAACUUAACAAGUGGACCAGCAAAGACACAAUGGUGGAAGAUGAUGUUGAGGUGUACCUGCCCCAGUUCAAGUUGGAAAAGCGUUAUGAACUCAAACCCAUUCUGAGAAGUAUGGGCAUAAGUGAUGCCUUCAGCAAAGGCCAGGCCAAUUUCUUGGGAAUGUCAGAGAGGAAUGACCUGUUUCUUUCUGAGGUAUUCCACCAAGCUGCCGUGGAUGUUAAUGAAGAGGGCACGGAAGCAACUGCUGGCACCGGGGCCAUUAUGACAGGAAGAUCUGGCCACGGAGGCCCACAGUUUGUGGCAGAUCAUCCUUUACUCUUCUUCAUCAUGCACAGAAUGACCAGGAGCAUCCUCUUUUUGGGCAGAUUCUCCUCACCCUAAAAUUGAAAGUUUCUGUUUCUGCACAGGAGUUUGUAGCGUGAGCUGUAAGCUGCAGAGUUGCUAUCUCAAGUGCCAAAAGUUUAAAAACUUUGCCUACAUAUUUCUGUUUUUCUGAGCAACUUCUACAGAUUAAAAGUGACUAGUUAUGUAAGUCACACUAAAUAUAAAUACAUAAAUAACUAGAUAACCCUGUCAAUCAAAAUGUGACAGCCGUAUUAGUCACCUGGUCCCCUAAAAUGGGAUGAUGUCCCAUCUUCC